AUGAAGGCUCCUCGAGGGGACUCCGUGCGCGGGAGCGAGGGCUCUCCGGCCUCUGUAGGAAGGCAGCAAGCAGCGCAGUUGAGCGCGGGCCAACUGCAAGGUCUGCCUAACGGCGAAAGGACAGCCGGCGUACCUGGCACAGAGCAUUACGAAGACCCCGUUAAAGUAUGGGAAGGAGUGAGAGAUGCCACUGUCCAUGCUCAAGACCUCGCAGGAAGAUCUGCUUUGGUGGAACUCACAGACGAACAAAACGAUAUGUUAGAAAUGCGCGCCACACGGGAUCCUGCGGAAAGGCAGGCGGGCCAAGGCGCGAAAGCGGCAUCAGCCGUGUUGAUGGAACAACAAGACAUUGCAGAGAGCCCUCUGCGUAUUCAUGUCAGGGUUCCUGCAACCUGCGCUAACCUAGGAUCUGGCUUCGAUUGUCUUGCUUUGGCGGUGGAUAUCUGGAAUGAUGUGAUUGUCGAAGAAGCGGAGAAGCAAGAGGUUGUGAGUGGGUUCGUAGCAGUUUUGGCUCGUCUUAAACUCACUCCGUCAAAGCUCCCGAAAUUUCGAUUUACCUGCCACAACCGCAUUCCUAUCGCUCGCGGACUCGGCUCAUCUUGUGCGGCUAUUGUUUCGGGUAUUCUAGCGAGUACGGCCAUCGCCCCCUUUCUGCAGAGGCGAUGUGCAGGUCAUGAAAUGCGUGUCCGAGAUUCGAAGGAUCCAGAGGCCGGUGAGAGAGAUGUAGCUCUCUUCGCCAUGGAAGGUGAAUGGCUGCACCAAGCCGGCCUCGCCGUAGAAGUGUGCGACGAGAACUUCAUGCUUAAAACGACCUGCGAUCUCGAAGGACACGCGGACAAUGCGGCCGCCGCGCUCUUUGGCGGGCUUCAGCUGGCACUCAAAUACACUCCUAGGGACCCCAUGACUGUGCUCGCUACAAUCGAGAAAACGCACUAUCCAACGCCUUUUGACAUUAAAAGAGCAAAAGAAGCAGCAGCCGCAGUUGCCGCAGCAGAUGCCGUUUUCAACUCCGCACGCACGGCCCUCCUGGUGUACGCAAUGAACGCGGCGGCAGCCGCUGCGGUUGUGGCUGAGGCUGGGGAGGGGGGUACGCCCGCCCAAGCCGCCGACGCAGUUGAAGAUGUUCUCUACAGACUGUUACAAGAUGCGAUGGACGAUCGGCUUCAUCAAACGUACCGAACGAAACUCAACCCUCAUCUCAAGCCCAUGAUGGAAGCUGCACAGAGAGCUGGAGCCCUGGGCGUUUGCUUGAGCGGCGCGGGUCCGUCCAUCCUGGCCUUUGCAAUGCAACACCACGCAGGCGAAGUCGCGGUGGCGCUGAAAACCGCAGCGGCGGAGUGUAAGAAAUCGGGCAUCGUGCUUAUUGUGGACCCAGCAACUGACGGCGCACAUACAGUCCCCUUUGCUCGCGAACGCGAUGACGACGGCUGGUGA